UGGCUUUUUAUAAUGAAAGGUGUCUCUCCGCGUGUGAAGUGUAUUUAGUGUCUGUGUUUCCAGUGUCACCCGAACACGAGACUCACGACGGCCCGGAGGCGGCUUUGUGACGACUGGUAAGUCUGGCGGACUUCUUCCACGGCUGCGCACUUCGCCCUCUUCACCACCCUUCAGACACUGUUAAUAUAUUUGAAAAUUUGUGUUUUUUAAAAUAAAUUAACACAAUCAGCGUUGCUAACCGACGCAAUACCGUCCUAGGUGACAUGGGCUAGUCUGCUCGCCAUGGUGCCGUUGAUUCUGCGGGUGGUUGUCGAACAAGGAGUAGUCGACGUUCCCCUCACGCCGGAUACGACAUGCCGUGAUGUAAUUGACUGCGUGCGAGAUCCUGGUGAGGAGCACUGCACACUCGUCCAUACCUGGGGCAAUUAUUAUCGUGCUCUGUCCGAGGGUGAUCGUCCUCUCGAGAUCCUUCACAAGUGGGGUCCUGCCAGGGAUCACGUCACCUUUACACUCAAGUACACCUUUCUAAACAGUGGGGGCAAAAGAAGCAGAAAUGGUAUGAAGGAAGCCGAUUUUUCAAACGAUCCGGUGAGGAGCGGAGGAGUGGAGUUGACGGUUGUCGAGCUGGAAGCGAUGGCCGUCCGACAGGAGGAGGAGAUGGCUAGUCAACGACAGCUGCUGGUGGCCAAGGAGCAGAGGCUCCGGUACCUCAAAGAGCACGAGGUGAGGCACGCGCAAGUCGCUCAGGAGACGGAAAGACUCCGGAGGCUCAGGGAUCGCGUCGACGCCCAGGAGCUCAAACUCAGCAAACUACGAGCCCUCCGAGGUCAGGUCGACCACGGCAAAGCGACCAACCAAACCCUCACUUCGGAUCUCGAUUCGAUCAGAGCGCUUUUCAAUGAAAAGGAAAAGGAGCUCACCGUGGCCGUUGCCAAAGUGGAAGAGCUGACGAGGCAGCUGGAAGAUGUGCGAAGGGGGAAGCAGGCCCAGCCACCGAGUAAUCCCGUCACACAAGAACUCGACAGGCUCCGACGAGAACUUAUGUACCGUAACAAGCUGAACGAGCAGCAGACGGCGAGAUUGAGCGAACAGAGGGAGGUGCUUUGCCAAAGGCAGCUUGAAAUGGCCAGUAUAGACAAAAGGAUAGCGGAACUUCAGGAGAGGCUCCACAGAAAGAGGGUGCUCAAUCAGCAGCUAGCCAACCAAAUAACAGCAGCCAGCAACAAAGCCAAUGUUAACCAACAUCAAAACAGAGGAGUUGAAGUAAUGGGAAUUCAGCAACAGAAUAUGUUUCAUUUAGGUAAUAACAACAGCAAGCAAAUGUUGAGGUCUAUGCCUAGCGGGAACAUAGCGGCCGUUGAGCCUUACCAUCACGUUCCAACUUAUCCAUCUCAGAAUUUGGAUGAUAAUUACAUGAAACAGAACGAAAUUAACAAAGUAGAUAAAAAUACAAGGUACAACACUGGGAAUCAAGAGGAGAUCAUGGGUCCGAGGAAACAGAAUUUGACCGCUCCAGCGACCCACCAUUACAUCCAAGAGACGAAGAAAGACGAUAAACAGCAGCACGUGCAAGAUAACGAGGUGUCGUCUUUUGGAGCGAGCAAGUCGGACCCCAAGUACCAAACGUUACCAUACAACACCAAAUUCACCGGCAACAUCCCCUCGAGUGCGAUGCAGCUCCAGCAACAGCAGAAAUUGUUGAACAAAAGGGUAUCUGCCGAAGGGAACGAAAAUUGCACGGAUAACAUCGAAAGCGCCAAGACGAACAUGAACAACAACAACCUCAACCUCAUUAUUAACAACAACAUGCUCCAACAGCAAAUAGUUCAUAGCAUACCGAUACAGUCGAGCGCCAACAAAGGUCUCGCGAUGGUCUUGGCGAACCAAAAACAAUCGUCUUCACCGACUUCAUCCACUAGUUCCUAUUCUUCUACGUCUCAGUUCGGACAAAGGGUGUACAGUAAUAAUUUGCUAAAUUCGACGUUAAUCGCGAGAGGACAACCAGUUGGAGGAACGUCUUCGACGACUUCUUCGACUUCGUCGUUGGCAACGAGCAGCAGCAACAGUUCUGUCCACCAGGUGUCGUCGACUUUGGCGAGCGGAUUGCCAAGCCAAACGGGCAUAACGUCGCGCCUUGCAUUACCCCCGACACCUCUCAUUUCCGACACCCAGUUGCCUGUAGUAAGUCAUUUCCAAAAACCUGUAAAUACCGUCUCCCCAACGUCGAUGCAGCACGUCUCCAAUAUAUAUCAAACGUCCUCGACCAAAAUAUUACCUGUACAGCCGCAGAUCGUUAAUAGUUCGCAACAAAACCCCCAGGUCGUUUUAAAAGAAGAAACGGAAACGAGUAAACCCGCUCUGCCACCCAAGCCGGCGAUGCCUGUAAAACCUACACCGCCGCCGCCACCCAGGCAGUCUCAAAAUUCCGUCGAAGUCACGACCGGCGAAGUCCCCGAAACGGGUCUCACAGUUCUAGCCAACAGCCAGCAGCUCAGCAAAUACGACGAGCCUCCGCCUCUUCCAACGACGGACCCGCCUCCAGAAGACGCUACGUCGAAAAAGCUUCAGGAAAACAUAAUCAAAGCGAGACCGUUAACACUUAAAAAACAGCCCGUUUCCGAUCUGCCCAAACUCAAGGCUCAUCGAGACGAAGAAUCGGAAGAAAAACGGCCGAGCGAGGAAUUGAAAACAGAAGAAGAGAAUUUGCAGACGAAAGGGAGUCCGGGGAGCGAGGACAGUGACGAGACAUCGCAUGGAACGAGGAACGGGAGGAGGAUAGAGAUGCCGCCGGAAUUUUUGUUCCCCGAGACGGAAGCACCACCGGCGGACUUGAUAAGAUCACCGGACCAGACGGACCGAGGCCUCCCGGCUGAAGAUUCCGACCUGAGUGACACAACACCAAGGAUCGAAGGGAUCACGAGAAGAGCGAAGAAAGGUAAUCUGAAAGGAUGCAGUCAGGAUAAACAGAGUCUUUCGAGGCGGGUUUCGUUCGACCCUCUGGCCCUGCUGCUGGACGCGUCCCUGGAAGGAGAAUUGGAGUUGGUGACGAGGACUGCUGGCCAAGUGCGAGACCCUUCUGCGGCCAACGACGAAGGUAUCACCGCUCUGCACAACGCCAUCUGCGCCGGCCACUUCGACAUCGUCACCUUCCUCGUCAAAUUCGGAUGCGACGUCAACGCCCAAGACAGCGACGGAUGGACUCCACUACAUUGUGCGGCGUCCUGUAACAACGUUUCCAUGGUGAGGUUUUUAGUCGAACACGGAGCUUGUAUUUUUGCGACGACGCUAAGCGACCACGAGACGGCCGCUGAAAAGUGUGAGGAAGACGAAGAAGGCUUCGACGGAUGUUCUGAAUAUUUGUACAGUGUUCAAGAGAAACUCGGCAUCAUGAACAAUGGCGCCGUCUUCGCCGUGUUCGACUACGAAGCUCACAACCCAGAUGAGCUUAAUUUCAAAGAAGGCGACGAGCUCAUCGUACUGAGGAAGGGCGAUGAAUGGGAAAGAGAAUGGUGGUGGGCGAGACUCAACGACAAAGAAGGCUACAUACCGAAAAAUUUGCUCGGGCUUUAUCCGAGGGUACAUCCGAACAAAAACCACGAAUGACACCGAAUGGCCGUUUGAUACCGGCUACAAGGGCGAGAUGCCUUUUCCGGCACCUCCACCGCACACUUUGUAAACACAGGGUUGAAUAUUGGCCUACCCUAUCACAUAGAUUUUAUAAGUUUGACGUUGUUAAUUGAGUUGACGAAUUUGUGGUAUGCAAUAUUUUCUCGUACAUUUAAGUGCCUUUGGAUUUCUAGCGUGCCUUUAUAGUAGUUGAUCCACACUGUUUUAUCCUUUUGCCUUAUCCCGCACGUAAAUUGUUUACAUAUUUUGACGUUGAAAUAAGCAAAAGUCUGAUCAUGUCAACUACUAUAAACGGAUGAUUGCUUGAAAAAAAAUUUAGGUUUAUAAAAAUCAUAAACACACAAUUAGUGAAUGUUCCAACGUUGUUUUUUCAAACGAUGCUUUUGCAUUUCUUAGGCUUAUCCAAAACAAAAUUUUACAAUGUAAGUCAUAUCAUUAGAAUUCCAUAUCAUAAAUCAUAUCCCUUUAUUAUUUUAUAGUUCAAAAUAUCACAACUACCUUAUAUUGGUCGAAUAUUCACUAGAAGUAGUGUUAUGUUCUUUUUUUUUCGUUUAAUCCCAAAGUUAUUUCAUUUACCGAUAACUUUAAAGGAUUAUGUUUUGUAAUGAUUUUUUUGGCACUUCAAAGUUGUAAAGUACAUUUAUUUCUGAUUUCAUUUUAUUUCUUUUUCAAUUCUGAAUCCAUUGUUAUUUUAUACAUCCGAGAAGCUGAAUGGCAGGUAUCGUACCAUUUAACAAUAUCAAAAUUAUUGUUGCUUUUCGAAAUUUCUGUAUAUUUUUAUUUACUUUUUAUGUUAUUGUACAAAAUAAAAUGAAACCUCAGGAGCUCUGUAAAUAACAAGAAAUGAAUAUUUAUAAAUAGCAGCUGUACAUAGAUUGUGAAUGAUGAAUAAAAGAAAGAAAAACUUUUAAGUAAUGGAAAUUAACCAAAAAUGCUGUGCAUUGUUACACUUUGUUUGUACCAGUUAUAUUGUUAUGUUUAUGUAGAUAUUAGAAUUAUUUUUUUUAACAGACCAAAUUUCUAUAU